GGGCUGAUUUCGACUCCCCACCCCCGCUUCCUCUCUCUCCUCUCCUCCCUCACCCCCCAAACAUAUUCCUCUCCUUCGCCAUGACUUGCCUGCAGUCCUCCCAGGACAGCCUGGCGGGGAACGUGUGCGCCAUCGAGGGUCUCCCCCCGCUGCCCAAGGGGCUCAGCGGGAUCCUCAACUCCAGCGGAGGCUCGUGGCGCGAGAUUGAGAAAGUUUACAGCAAGAAGACGCGCAUCCAGGACGACCUGAGCAAGUCCCAGGCCACCUCGGAGAAGCUGCUGCUCCGGAGCAAGCCCGCCAACCUGGACUCGGCCCUGGCGGUGCUGCGCAAGGAGAUGGUGGGGCUCCGGCAACUGGACAUGUCUCUGCUCUGCCAGCUCUGGUCCCUGUACGAGUCCAUUCAGGAAUACAAGGGCCUCUUCCAGGACAUGUCUUCCUCGCUGCACUCGGAAGGCAGCCUGGCUGCUGAAAACGGCUUCUCAGAUGAGGACGAGGACUUCGAGGUGGAUCAGAUGAGCCCCGAUGGGCACAAGGAGAACCCGCUGGGCCAGCGGCUCCGCCUGCUCCAGCCCCAGAACUCCCGGGAUCAGUGGCUCCAGGACUCCUUCCACAUCACCAUCUGAAGCCUCUGCCUCUGCUCCGCACUUGCCUUCCCCCCCUCCGUGUGUCGGCUGCCGAACCCGACUCCUGCAUCUUUCAC